UUCGUUCUUUCCGACACUUGUGUCUGCUAGAGAAGGUUGUGACUCAUGGCAGUUGUUUCGUACGUUUGUGUCGCUUGGCUAGCAACCAUCCUCGUGGUUACUGCUACGGAUGAGAUUACUAGCUCUCUCAACAAAAUUCCAUCAUCACUAGACGAUCAAGCUCGUUUGCUACGAUGCGUUUUGGUAGGAGACGACAGUCCACUAUGUGCUAGUCCUCUGACGUAUGGAACUAAAGCUCAUCCAGCUAAAAGUUGUGCUGAUCUGUUGAGGCAAAGAAAGAACAUCGCAAGUGGUUACUACUGGGUAAAGCCAAUACAAACAGGAAAUGACGUCCAUUAUGUUUACUGUGACAUGACUAGCUACGGUGGUGGUUGGACUCUAGUUGUUGGUAUUAAUUCUCAAAAUCGUCUACAUCUUCAAAGCGGUUCUGUGGGUACAAGAUGCAGAGGAGGAGAUGUUUGUGUAGUUCAUCGUACAAAUGGAGUGAUACCUGCUAGGAAAUUAGAUGACAGGAUUAUAAGAGCUCUCGCUGACGAUGAAGGAACGUUUAGAGUUGACGUUGGUCCUAACAAAUACACAACGUUUUUUCAACUACCACAAGGUGCGGCAAGAUUUCAAUCUAAUUGCGGAGGAACGAGCUGCGCACGAAUAAUUACAUCUCACAGUUAUCCCUACAAAUGGGAGUCAAACUGCAAAGGAAUAACAGUUGGAUAUAAAAUAUUUGGCAGUGAUUCUUACAAAGUAUUUGACACUCGUGACAAUCAAGAGUGCGGGUCUCUAUGGACAUCUUCUCGUUCCUCCGAGAAGCGCGUCUUAUACGGCUACACUGGUGGUGAUGGAGGACACACUGGUAUCUACUCUAAACUGCAAGGCUUUAUGUACGUCCGCUGAACAAACUAAUUAAUUAAUUAAUUAAAGAAAGGAAGAGCGACUUGUUCUAACAGUUUUUCUUGCACUUUGGUUGUAUACUUUAGAGCUAACAGUUUUUGUUUAAUCUGCGCUGUACGACUUUAAGAUGCUUUUCAAUCUACAAAGUGUCUAGACAGCUAUCGCUUGUCUUGUAGCUAAUCCAACUGUUUUACACAUUAUUCUAAUAAAUUAGUUUGCA